UUGAGAAGCAAGACAGGGGAAUCGUAACUCAAACCAACAGAAGACGAUGAUGAAGAGAGCGGCUUUAGUUCCGCUAUUGAUGGUUGGGGUGCGACUUCAGGAGGUAGCUUCGUUUCUCGCCCCCCAUCAACCUCAGACUUCCCACGUAAUUUUGCGGAACAAAAUCCAACAAAAUCUAGAAGAAAACAGCCGACGAAAAGCACAAGGGGGAGCUGGAGAGACCGUGGCUGGUGCUGUUCUUGGAGGAAUGCUCUUAGGGCCAUUCGGGGCCUUGUUCGGAGCUCAAAUUGGAGCCAACAUGGGUGCCAACAAUGCCGUGGAUAGAGCCAAAAAAGAAGAGAUGCAACGGCUAGGAGUUACCCAGCAAAUGCUCGAUACGGCCCAAGAAUGCGGUCUUGCACUGGAAAGAAGCAUGGAGGGGCUCCAGGCGACGCAGGAUAGUCUUCAGACGCAACAAUCAUUUGCUAAAAUGCUCGACUCUGAUGCUGCGGCACUUUACGAAAAAGCAAAAACGGCGCUGGACGAAGGGAAUGAAGAGAGAGCCAAAGAUUUUCUCUUUGAACGAAGUAAGGUGCAAGACAAGCUGAAAGGAGUCCUGAUACAAUGUGCCGAUGCAAAGAAACGAUUGGAAACCAUGGAAAGCAACGUUGCUGCAAUUGAACGGCGAGCAAAAGAAGUGGAAACGCUGCUGCAAAGGACAAUAGCGGCCAAAACAACUUCAGAUGUGCAAAUGUCAUCCAUGGAUUUCUCCUUGUCCGAAGAAGAUCCGUUGCUGAAAAAGUUUCGUGAUGCUGGGAUUGAUUGACCUCGGUUGGCGCUUGGCGUUUGGUGUCAUUGCUGCAGUUAGUUGCUAAGAUAAAAUUGUUCAACGAUUAGUAGUUUCUAAGGCUCAUUUCACUUAUUGAU